AUGGGUCGGAGGAAGAUUGAAAUCAGGGCUAUCAAGGAUGACCGUAACCGUUCAGUGACGUUCCUCAAGCGCAAAGGCGGUCUCUUCAAAAAGGCCUACGAGCUCUCUGUCCUAUGUUCGGUCGAUGUCGCAGUCAUCAUAUUUGGUCAUAACAAGAAGCUGUACGAAUUUUCGUCCGGAGACAUCAAUGAAACACUGCGAAGAUAUCAAUAUUACGGAGCACCCCAUGAACACAAAGGCCCUCCUGAUUUCAAGAACAAGGGCGGCGAGGAUGAUGAGGAUGAGGAUGAGGAUGAAGAGCACCCUGCACAUGCCCGAGAGGACUCGCUGCCACCCCAUCAUCUCCCUCCCCAGUUACAACACCACAACUCUUUUGCGCAUAUCCAGCAGCCCAUGGCGUCCGUCUCACCUCCAAUGCCCAAUGGCAUGUUUCAGCCUCGACACGGCACGCCGCAACCACCGCAUAUGAUUUCGAGGCCGCCCUCCCAGAAUAUGAUCCGCCGAACGAGCUCCAACUUGGUUCCCAUGCAACAUCCUCAUCCUACUCCUCCCCCGCCACAGAAUGGGUUUGCCUACGUACCGAAUCCACCCAUUUACAACCCUCAAGGAACACCGCCUGUCCCUCCACAGCCUUCACCUCAGCCUCAGUUUCAGACAUUUCCCCCUCAGCAGCAACAGCAACAGCAAGCACAAGCACCACCACCACCACUUCCACAAUCCCACCAGCAGAUGCAACAGGCGCACCAGCAGUACCUACAAGAACAGAGACGGCUUUCACAGCCGCCUCCGGUCUCUCAACCAAGUCUACAACCUCCACCUCAAGCAGAAGCCCGGGUCUCACCUCAACCGGAACAGUUAAACCUCCGGCCUCCGGAGCAAGCUACACCACCUCAGCCUAAGCAUCUGUCGUCUAAGUCGAGAAGCAUAUUUACUCCGAUAGAUGAGGGUGGCUCGGUUUUGAUGCAGCACUUCUUCGGUGCGUCAGAACCCAAACCCCAACCGAAGAAGGAAAACGAGUCGCCAGAUCUCAAACCUCUACCCCGUAGCACAACGGCCCCAACCAUUCCUCGACCCAAUUCACAGGGUGCUCGACCGCAGACCACUGUCCCGGAAUUUGCUCCGCCUACCCGAACUAAUACUUCGGGAUCCAAAUCCGGAGCUCGACCUAAGUUGAACCUUCAGAUACCUUCGGAGGCAGAGGACAACGACUCGGCUACAGGAGGGUCGCCAUCACAGUCAGCUAACCCGUCAGCAAACCCAGCUAGAGGCUCGGACCAUAUCGUCUUACCACCACCCUCGCCGAGCGCUUCGGCGGUAAUGUCAGCUGGCGCAUCAGGACCACCAAAUCCCUUUGCCCGGCCACCACCACCUACUUCGAAUGCAAACCGCGAUGCAUACAAUGACAAUCGGAAUAACAUCGAAACGCCUAUCUCCGCCUUACCAAGUCGGUAUAUGAACAACGAUCUUCUGCCGAGCCCGAGCAAUUUCUUCAGCGAGUGGGAUCGAAUGUCUGCUGUAUUACCGAGUCCUCUCGUGUUCCCGACGCCUGCCGAUGCCAAAGCGCUGGGAUUCGGAAGUAGAGAUGCAGCUCGAGAGGCUGCGAGCGAGCAAGCGAAUGGGGAGAAAAGGAAGGGGAGUGUUGAUCUGGCGGACAAAGAAGGGGACGUCAAGAAACUCAAAACUGGCGCCAGUUGA